AUGGCAGAUGAUCACGUUUUGCAAACUAAACUCUUCAAUUUCAUUUGCGGUAACGGAGGUUUUGUCGACUUGACUGUUCUUCUGAAAUCAUCGUCGCCUCUAGGAAGCAGAAAAUCCGAAGAAUCAGCCAAGAAAUGGUUGGAAAGUCGUCAGGGACCUCGGGCUGGAUUCGCCUGCGUCAAAGAUCAAAAUGGCAAAAUCGUUGGUGUCCGAGUUGAUUUGCGAAAGAAAGUUUGUUAUCGAUAUGCGACUAAAGGCAUUUGUCGCUUUCGACGACGUAAGCAAGGCAACUGCAAAUACUGGCACAUUUGUAAAACUUUCGUGGAGGGGAGAUGUGACGACUUUUGUGAGCUUUCCCAUGAUUUUUACAGCGACGAUAACUGGGAAAUAGCGGAAGACCUCGACCUUCCCGAAUAUAAAUAUUCAAACGGGGCAAUGAAGAAAAUUGUAUCCUGGAGUUUGCCACAGGUUUGCGAGUUGUAUCAAAGAAAUGAAUGCACAUGGAGCCAAUGUCCAUAUAUUCAUGCUUGUGCCCAGUUUAUUGAAGAAUCUUCACAUUCAAAUUGUGGCUUGUCACAUGACUUGGAGGAUUCUCAUAACUUUAUGAUUCUCGAGAGAUACGAUUUGGUACCACCCAGUCAAGUAAUAAACAUUAAUUUUGUUCGAUCCAAUGUCUUGAUUCUGGAGGAACAGAAACGCAUCAAUCUGCGGAGUAAAAUCUUAGUGCAUGAGGAACAGCAAGUCGAUGACUUACUAAACUAUAAAAUGCCAAGAGCAGCCUCCAUUAGCUGUAUACCUACGGAAAUUGAACCGGAAACAAUGCAUUUAAAAUCCAACAUGUUAAGAGCAAGUGCUGCUGUUACUUCACAGGCUUCAUUACCAUCCUCACAAACUCGAAGUGUUCCCUCGACCCCUUGUUUUCUAACCGAGUGGAGAGUAUUCGAAUGUCUGUGCAAAGAGUAUGGCUCAUCAGCCUCUAUCCAAAAUAUUGCAGGGCGAAAGGAUUUAUUUCCUCAAGGAGUAGAGAGCGCCGUAAGAUGGUUUCGUGAAAUGACCCAGGGAAGCUUCUUGAUAACCAGAGGCAACCAAGGAACGAUUACAGGAGUUAGGGCUUUCUCUGCAAGAGCUCGCAUUUGUGUGAGUUACAAUGAGAACGGAAGAUGCCAUAGAUCUGACUGCUCAUUUCUGCAUAUUUGUAGAGAUUUUGUUACUGACUCUUGUAGCAAUGGCGUAACAUGUCCGCUAAAUCACCACUUUCACAAUCAGAGAGACGAAGCCUCUCUGACCAGGAUCAAGCUUGACCAGUUUACCGAACAGCAGCUCCAACAGCUCGUUCUUUCUUCAACGCCUCGGAUUUGUGUAGAGUACAACAAUGGUAUUUGCAACCGUGGUGACGACUGCAACAGGAUUCACAUGUGUUGUGGUCAUAUCAGGAAGUGUUGCGGUGAUAUGAAAGAAUGCGGCUUGGAUCAUGAGGAAGCCAUGGAUACCAAACACACUCAAGCAGUUCUUGGGCGUUAUUUAUUACACAAUGUUGGAAAACAUGAAGCAAUUGCGAUGAUUCUUGAUGAUAAACUUUGUCUUUCAGGCAAAGAGAAAGCGAAGGGUCAGUAUUUGUUUGUACUCUUCCUCUUUAUAUACUAACAGCGACCCGUGGGAAGUCCAAAUUAAGUGGUUCGUUUUAGCGUGCUUAUAUUAUGAGAAAAUUGAUUAUAAUUGUACUGAGAGGAGUACGGUUUUUCAAGAAUCAUACGUGUAAUUUCAAAUCACAAAUAUAAUUCUCGACAAAUAGAACACGACACGUUGUUCAAUUAUUACUUUUUUUGCUUCUAUUUACUAUACCUGUUGGGAAUUAAAUUCAUCCUUACAAUAACGAAAGCAAAAAUCAGCAAAAAUCGCCACACGACGGCUCAUUAUCUCUCAUUUCCAGAAAUUUGAUCAGUUACUUUGCUUUGAAAUCUAUUAGGUCGUCUGUUUUUAGUGUCGGUUUUCUCGUUAGGUGGGAAAAAGAUGAGAUUUAGAGUAAAAAAAUGGUGCGAUUCGUGAAUAAAUCCUGUGGCCGAGAGCCAAUCAGACUGCAAGAUCACCAACGAUUUCAAAAUGAAUGUGAUUAAGUGUUUUACAGAUUAAUAUUAAUUUGAAUGGUUUUUAAUAUUCAUUUUACUCAUAAGAACAUUGUUUUUUCAUCACCAUGCAUAACAUUCGCAGGACACAUUCACAAGGACAAGCCAGAUGCUUACAUCUGCUCAAGAUUUCUUAUUGACGAAUGUAAAAAAGGCACAGGAUGCCCAGAACAUCACUUGUCUAAGCCGUAUCACUGGCAAUAUCAAGGGUUUGGGUCCGAUGAAUGGAAAAGUUUUGGUGACGUGGACAACUUUGCAUUGGAGAAGCUCUACUGUGAUGUGAAUGUCGAGGCACCAGUUGAUUUCAAGCCAGCACAAUCCCUUGAAGUCUUCUCUCUUCAAAGGCAAGUAAAUGAAAUAGUUCACAAUACUUUUUUUUUUUAUCGAUGGAGUUGGUGGUCAAGACGUUAGUUCCAACAAUUAAUCACCGUGGUAAAGGAAGAUAGUGUGGCCUCCACCUUUUACUUUGCCCGAAGUUAUAAAUCGUUUUGAUAUACGCACAAAGUUGAUGUUGAGUUAAAACGUACUAUUUACCACGGAAAAUCUGAAAUCCAAAUCUGAAAUUGGCGCUGCUUGAAUGUUCACUCUUGAUUUUAGUGUAAAGUAGACUUAUAAUUGGUCAAAAGUGGAGUGCUCAUGGCCAUGGAACUUUUGGAUAUGUAGAUAUUAGAAAAAAGUCACUCCUAGAAAUUAUAUUGUAGUAAAUAUCUUUGAAAAUGUGAACUGACUUAGAAAGCUGAGAAGCAGCGAUUAAAAUGAAGCAGUUUUAUAACACUGGUUCUAUAACAAGUUAACGCGUUUGAAAAGCCAUCUCUGGGGAGAGUCAGGACAAUUUUGUAAAUCUCUCGAAAACACUUAAAAGGUCAUACCGACAACAGACCAUCGGAUGAAAAGUCAAUUUUUGUGAACUCACCUCAGGAAUUUAUUUUUUCUUUGAUCAUAAAUUUCAGAGUGGGAAUUCGUCCUCUUGCCGAUGGAUAUGAAGUCAAGAUCGACGUUAAUAAUAUGACUUUGUCCAUUUUGCAAAGUUCACCACCAUUCCGCUCAUUCGCCGGAGAACUAAGGCGACUGUCCACCAUUGCUUAUGAAACUUUUCCUUGUGGUGUCAUGGGUACAAAUUGGAAAUGGUACUGGGAAGACAAUGGCAAUGUUUGGCGUACGUACGAUAAAGAUCAUUCGGUAAGCUCGAAUAAAUGUCUUACCUGGUUAAUCUAGGCUAUGGAGAAAAUAAAAUACGAAAAUAAACUUAAAUGUGUUUUGCUCUUUUAGGGAAGCGUUCUGCAGGGCCAUAUAGAGAAAUCUUUUCUCGAUGGCCGCCCCAAUUACACGUUUAAAACCUCAGAGCACGAAUACAACUUGGUAUUUAAUUCAGCAAGUAACAUGCAUCAAAUAAAUCUGAAACAUGGAACCAAGAGGGCGGUUAAAAGACGACCCGAAAAAGCUUUAACAAAUGAAGACAUGGAAGACUUGAUAUGGUAUGUACAUAUUGCGGUUUUAUCGCUGUCAGCGUGCAGAAAUCCAAAUGAUCAGUAAUCUUUUUUUCCUUCCUUAGUUUUCCCGUCUUUUUCGAAAACUAAACACACCACGAAAUAUAAAUACUGUGACCAGUUAUCAAAGACUGUUACAGGGGUUCUUGAUUUUCAAAAAGCAUUCAUGAAGCGGGAAAGGGAGGGAAAGAAAUGGGGAUCACCUUGUUUCAUGACAUUCUCAGUUACAAGUUUUUUCAUCUUUUUCCAUUUCUGUAGGGCGCACGGGGAUUCCUCCAGGAGGAGAAAGAUAGAAAACAGAACGGCUAUGUAUAACGUUCCAAACCACUGGUCUUCCUUGCCGCCCGAUGGACAGUAUAUUCGCGUCAUGUUAACGACAUCAUCAAAGGAAUAUAAAGAAGUGGAACAAUUGUUCCGAAAGUCGAUGAACGACCACAUUUCAAUUGAAAGGAUCGAGCGUGUACAGAACCCUUUCAUGUGGGAGAAGUAUUGCAGGUGAGAAGGAAAACAGAACUUGGAAGAAAAUGUAUGGAAAUGUAUAAAAUGAGAGCAGAAAGUUAUACAGCCAUAAACUUGCACAAAGUAUUAAUAGAAAUUUAGAUAUAGAGGAUAUAACACGGUGUAGAGACGAUAUCAAUUUUAGAAUAUAAAACUCAUAUCUUUGAGCUGACCUGUGAUUCUCUUUUUAUUUUAAGGACAGUAAAUAUACAUGACAAAGAUUGAAAAGCUUUCUUUAAUACAAUUACUGAGUAUAAAUGGUAGCAAACUACCCCUUGCCCAAAUUAUAAAAAGGUUCUUAUAUAACACCGUCAUUUGGAUCAAAAUGAUGUGAACUGGUUUUUAAUAAGCUUCAUAAAAAUUCGAUUCCUGACUUUGACAUGAAUCAUCAGAUACUUUUAUUUUCAGGCUCUUUUCAGUACGAACCUUUCAAGGCUGUUAAGCACGAACAUUUAUCUUUUUCUCGUCGUAAGUUUCGAGAAUUUCUUGAAAAUAUUUAGAUCGACAGAGUUUUAUCAACAUUUAUUUUUGUCUCCUCGCAAUUUUCGAGAAAUUCCUUUAAAAUCUUUAGAUCAGGCGGGGAUCGAAGCGUCGUUUUUCAAUAUGACCACUCGUGUUACAUACGGAAAAUACGCCACUCCCGGAUGUGGUAGCCACAUUGAUUCUACCAGUAUUUGAGUUUCCGGUAAUACAAUCCCAUCCAUAUAAUAAAUUCAUAUAUUUAAACGUAGGGAAAUUGAAUGAAACGUGCACACUUGGCACACUUGAGAUGACAUUCUUAAUAUGUCUAUUGAUAAUUAUGCAUUUUGCACCAAAUAAAGUUCCUUAAAUACUUGAAGGUCUCUUGUGGGUAAGACUAGGGACACUUUAAGAUUGGAAUUUAGGGGCAAAUGAAUGAUCAGCAAUAGCCAUUAUCUUUUGUUACCUACAAUAAGUCUUUCUGUUUCCUCUUGUUAGGAAGAAGCAGAGCAUGAGGCUAAUAGCCAGGAGCAAUCAACAGGCUGUCAAUGAGAUGAACUUGUUUCAAAGAACCACUCCAGACUCGGUGGAGGCCAUCUGCAAAGAAAACUUUGAUUGGCGUCUGCACGGAAGAAACGCAUCUAAGUAUGGUGAAGGAAGCUAUUUUGCAGUGAAUGCAUCAUACAGCCAUUCUUACGCAAAGAUAGAUGACAAUAUGUUUCAAUUCAUGUUCUUGAGCAAAGUUCUCGUUGGUUCAUUUACAGAAGGUCACUCCAAUUAUCCAAGACCACCGCCGAAGCAACCAUGAGAUCCCGCCAGCGAUUUUUACGACUCUUGUGUAGAUAACAAGUCUAAUUCCACAAUCUUUGUGGUCUUUGACACCGAUCAGUUCUACCCAGAAUACAUAAUCCAAUAUUCAUCUGCUCAGCCGAAGGCACCCACAAAAAAUACGAUAGCAAAGCCCCAGCCGAAACCUGUAAGUGCUCACACUUCUCUUAAGAGCCUCAGCACAGUAUCUAAACCGCGCCUACUUGCCGGCAACAAAAGCAGCUAUUUAGCUCCCUCUGUAUCUGCUAAGCCAAAGGCACCCACUCGAAAUACGGCAGCAGGACUCCAGCCGAAACGUGCGAGUUCUCACACUUCUCUUGAUAGCCUCAGCACAGUCUCUAAACCGAGCCUUCCUGCCGGCUACUUAGCUCCAGCUGUAUCAAGAUCUGGUAUUGCUAGCACCAACGCAACUACCCUCUCAAGCCGUGUUGGUGCAGCUCUCAACGCCAAUGGAUCUACAGUUUCCCAAGCUACCUCGCUGCAACAACCAACAACUACAAUGUCAGCAUCUCUAACCUCUCAAACGUAUCCUAGAGGAAAUUUGAAGCAGCAACCCACCAGUUUCAGUGGGCUUGGUUCUACAUCUCGGUCGAGUGGAUCUCCCGUGAGUGAUAACAAGCGAACUGUGUCCCAAACAAAACCGGGAACAAACCUUGUGUCCAGGCCUACAACUGCUCAAACAAACCACCAGGGGAUUCCAAAGAAACUACCCAUCACAUCCUGUAAUGUACACGAAACAGGUGCAAGUAGCAGCUCAUCAACCAUAAGAAGCCGGACAAACACAAAUAACGUCGACAAAGCAUCUUCCUCGAGCCGAUUGUCCGGAGAUUUGAAAAAGAAAAAGGACUGCAUGAUCAUGUGACGUAAAAGUGCAUUCUCUAAACCUUUUUAGGCGAGAACUCCUUUAUUUUCAGGUUUUCGCAAAUUACUGACAAUACAAAUGUCUACAAAAAAAAAAAAAAAAAAAAAAAAUAGGGUAAAACAAUUUCAUUCUACCGCCUAGCUCUAAAAUCUUUUGCCUGAUUUUAUCACUGCGUAGUCAGGUUUGUUUUCUACCGGCAAACAGUCUUGGUUACUGUAGUUACUCGAUACAGCCCAGCAGAUGGGAAGUCUAUCAAGACCCAACGCCGUCUACGAAUAAACGCUGCACCCAAUCGCAGGAAUGCGAUGUUAAUUGGAAGAUUAAUUAAGCAGAGGAACAAGUACGGCACACCGCAGUAAUCCUUACCGGUCAUGCCCAGUUUGUGGACACAUAACCUGCAAGAGAAUUUCGAUUCCGUCUCAGCAAGAAAAAGUAAGAUGUUACAACUUUGUUAAAAAUGAUUUGAAGAAAUUUGAUACUAGAAGGAAGCCAUCACGGAAUUAUUGCCGCACGGCCAAGAGGCACAGAAUUCAAUGAGAGGCCUCGGCCAGUCCUGGUUAUGGCGUUAAAUCCAUUGAAUAAGGUAGAAAUGAAUUUUUAGCGGGAGACCGUUGUAAAUUAACAAUGAAAGUUUGCUUUAGGAUGAAAAAAAACUGCUAGAGAAUCUUCUAUUUCCUUUUCCACUCAGAAUAUGUAUAAUUUUGCUGAAAUCUGUAGACUUUUUGUGGCAAAAAUUAUGAUUUUGUUACACCUUAAAACAAAACCAACUAAUUUGGGUGGAUGCCAUACUUGCUCGACAAUUGUCUUUUUUUGCCGAUUAUUCGUUUCAAUUUUUGAAUUUUUUUAGAUCAUAAUUCAAGCGUGAAUGAAUAAAAAUCUAAUCGCUUGAAACACACGAAAGAUGAUUUCGCGCGCGCAGCAGGUUUCCUAUUUCUGCUGUUCAAAGGAUAAAUGUUUGGUAUUGGCCUCAGGAAAAGGGGAAACGAUUCUUCGAGAUAUACCUGAUUUCUUCAAGUCUAACUUCCAAGAACCAAAAAGUUAUCAAUCCAAAAAUAAAAUGCGAAUAGGCUAGUUGGCCUUGGAAAUAUUCAUAAAAACGGCAAGAGAUGCAUGUGAAACGUACGUGAAGUGCGGGCAGGUAGUCACGAGAUUAAUGCGAGUCAAACUUAAGCGAAAGACAAUUAGGUGUUCAAUCUUGCGAUUCUUCGAGUUAAGUGUGAAUAAUAUGAUAAGUUUAACCAUGAUACGUAAAAAAAAAAAAAAGAAGAAAAACAAGCAAAAAGAUAAACAAAAGGGUAAACGAAUGAACAAACAGUCACCUCCACAUCUGAGUCACGUUACGUUUAUUUGCGUAGGGACAUUUGGCUGUUGGGAUCGGUGUGGUGGUUAUAUGCCUGUGAAGAAAGUAGCUCUCGUUCAAAUUAACCCGGCGUACACUUUCGUUUUUACUUUACUCUGCUCUCUUAUCGACCAACAACAUUUAGAAAGUAAAUUCGCGCAAAACAUGACGCCACCGACUCGCUUUUUAGCCCUUCAAAUUUUCUGAGUUGUGUGCUGGCUUUUCUUCUUUUUGUUUUUUUGCGAGGAUAGUUUUUCAUUUGCCCAAAGUUUUGUCUUUAUUUCUUUUUUGACAGCUUGCUAUAAAAAGAAACUAAAUUACAGUAAAAUUUGACUGAGCAGAGUUCUACGAAGAUGACAGCUUGUGACCAAAACGUCUGUAUGUUUUUAUUUAUCGCUAAUUAGUCACGCUAGAGUCAUAAACCUUUGAUCAAAGUUUUCAGUGUUUUUUUUUUUUACCAUUGCUACUCUUAUUACUAUUAUUGUUACUAUUAUUAUUAUCAUCAUUAUUAUUACUAAUAUAUUUCUGUUGUCUUGAGAGCGAUCUUAUGCCGUUUUUCUCAAUUUCCAUCGAUUGCAAAACUCUAAUAUCAACAAUUGUCAGUCGCGUGCCAUUUGGUCGCCAUGUAUUUCAGUUGAGAUUUACACCUUCCAUAAACCAACUGCGUAACGCUAGGGCGAUGAACCCACCAAAGACGAAAUUCAUUGUUGCCACAACACCGAUAGUCAUCAAGACCAUCCACGUAAAUUGGAAGAUGAAAAUGAAAACCAGGUACAGAAGAUGAACAGAGAAUCCAACAAUCUUCCAAUAAAUUGGCCUGGAGUAAUAAGCGCAUUCAAUUGCGACAGAGAUCAGAAAAAACAUGGCCACCACGUGUAUUGCUCUCACAAACGCUCGGCCAGCGGAAGAACGGCCAUUCAGGGUAUCUAGUUUGUCUUGAAUGAACUGCUUUUGUUCAACACAGGCGGCAUGUAAUGAAUAAAGAUGCAUCUUAAUCUGCUCUGUAGUGGCUGAGGCAUAUUCACGAAACGCAUCCCAAGUCGGUUGGACGGUUUGGUAAACAUUUCCACAGGAAGAAUUCCAUACAUCCCCGAUAGUGUCUUUCAUCCUCGCCAACCUACCUUCAGAAGUCAUCGUAAAUCCGCUAUUUCUUUAUUCAAAAGAACAGUUUUCUGACUCUAUUUACCAUUCGCGAAUUAAAUUUCCAAUAGUUUCAAAGGGCAAAAUGCAAAUGAUGACCUAAGAACUAAGGUAGACUUUCUCCCUUAGAGUCACAUGAAUGUCAUACCUUCUUAGUCCUAAACACAAC